CUUAGAGACCUUAGACCAUGCCUUAAAAGACGGUUUGCUUAGAGAUCAACAAACCAAAAUGGUGAAAAGAUGGAUUGCUCAAUGUCUAGUUCUAUGCUUAGCUGUUUCAAAGAUUCCCUUGACUUUAACCAUUUGGACAGUUCGCAUUGUUCCAAAAUAGACUUUGAAUCGAGCUUUUUUAACGGAGUUGUUCUUUCUUACUGGGACAAUAUACUUGGUCCGAGACUAGGUCAUCUUUGGCUGGAUGAAGAUCAUAAAUGCUCUGAAGAUAUGGUUGAAUAUGUAGUUACACAUAAUUUGAACGGAGAAUUGACGCGCCAAGCGCCACCAAAUUCAGUAGACACUAAGGUUUUUAUCAUAAAAGAACGUGAUCUUGUCUUUACAUCCUACAUAUUCACAAGCGUUGCUCAAGGAGCUUGUGAUACAUUGUAUUCACUAGUUUUGUUAUUGCCUUUUUCUGCAUUGACAAAGUACCUACAAAAACAGGAUUUAGUUGAUCUGAGAAUGAAACUCCUAAUUGCAAAGUUAAGAUUAUUUCAAGAAAAGGAUUAUUCAACUUCAAUUGAAAAUUUCUCAAAAUGUUUAUAUGAUCAGAUCAAAUCAUUAUCCUUGCUAGAAUCAUUACCUUUAUCAAAUACAUUUUCAGUAUGGGGAAGUGCCUUUGCUCCUGGAAAUCAUUCUUGUUUUAAUUCAGAAUUUCUUGAAAAAUGUAUAAUAUCACAUCUUGAGACGUUUGGUAGCACAGUGGUUGUGGGAAAGGCAAUUGAUCAAAUCAAUUUGAUGAUGAAUACACUUGCAUUAUUUUUAUCCGAGAAAGAACUAUGUCAGUCAAGAUAUCCAACAAGUGAUACAAAUAUUGAAUUUGAACCAGAUAUAUUUUUACAAUCCAUAUUGAUGAAAGAGGAUGGAAGUUACUCGUUAAACUCGAAAAAUAUUUUAACUAGUCGUUUUCCGACAACAUUCAUCAACCUUGAAGAACAGCGAGUCUCUCAAUCCAAUUUGCUUGCAGAACAUUCAUCAACUCGUCAUCAAUUUUUAAAUAUUCAUUUGGAAUCUAUAUGGAAUGACAAUGAAGACGCGCCAUUAUACCCUGUGAUAGGAUUGUUUUACAGUAUGAAUCAUGAAAGUGGAAUGAUUGGGGAAUUUUUGAGAGAUAUCCAACUUAUUCCAGCGCAGGCUACCAUACGUAAGGCGUAUAUCGCUAACUUUAAGCGUUUAAUACGUAGAAAGGCAUUGGCUCUUAUUAAAUAUGUUGAAGAUAUAACGAAAUUUGGUGACGAAAGAAUGAAAAGCAGUUUUUUGCAAGAAUUAAGAGAACAAUUACAUUUAAAGAUAGAUGGCGAUUUCUAUAUUGUUCUCGCGGCUGCCGAAAAACUUCGUCCAAAUAUUUAUUUCUAUACGUUGGGAGAGAACGCAACUGAAGCCGUUUAUAUGAAGGUUCUGGAAGCAUUAGAAUUGAAAUGAAUGAAUGGCUUGUGUCUUUGUCAACACACCUGGAUUAAACUGAUAUAUACAAAUGGAAAGAUUCUAGACCUGCCUUGUAUUGUUGUGACGGAGUCUUGUGGUACUGCUUCAGCCAAGUAUGACGUGCAUGCUGUCCAUGAAGCUGCAAAUGUAAAACCUGCAAGAAAUUCUAUAGGUAUGGCAAACCAAGGAUUGAUUAUUGUUGAGUAUGCAAUAAAUAUUGAACCAUAGGAUAUUAAUGAUAUAAAUACUAUUUUAAUCUGUCCAAAUGUUUGUAUCAGUUCACUAACAACAAAGAACAUUAUCAGAUCUGCCA